ACGUAGUAAAUGCCAUUUUUUGGUAGCAGUAGGCCAGCAGUAGAUCCAAACUACAAACUACAAACUGAAUCAAUUUAUUAUUCUGCUACGCAACGCAUCGCAUUGGUUUCAUUGUCAACUCUCCUCUCAUUUCCGUUAAAAACAUACAUUUCAUUUUUACCUCUCCUACUUCUGUCUCAUUUUGUGUGUGAGAUUAACGUAAUUAUGCUCCGGAGGUGGCGCCCUCAAAAUCUUCAGCAGAUUGAAGCGGUAGAACAGGCUGACAAGGUGAAGGAGCUAAGGACUGCACUGGGACCUCUAUCUGGGCAUGGCCUCAAAUUCUGCUCUGAUGCCUGUUUAAGGAGAUACCUGGAAGCUAGAAACUGGAAUGUCGACAAGGCCAAAAAGAUGCUGGAGGAGACACUCAAGUGGAGAUCAACUUACAAACCUCAAGAUAUUCGUUGGCAUGAAGUAGCCCAUGAAGGGGAGACUGGUAAAGUCUCCAGAGCAGAUUUUCAUGACAGAUCAGGGAGAACUGUUCUUAUAAUGAGGCCAGGGAUGCAGGAAGUUGAAGUUACAUGGAAGUGUUACAGCGUUGGGUUACAGCGUACCAAACGAGGCCAUAUUUGCAACUUUCAACAAAGAUUCUUGUUUAUGUCUAAUGAAAAUUUAGAUUUUUGGUUACAGAAUACAACAUCAUCAGAUGGUAAUGUCCGCCAUCUGGUUUACCUGCUCGAGAACGCGAUUCUUAACCUCCCUGAAGGCCAAGAACAAAUGUCUUGGUUGGUAGACUUCAACGGAUGGUCCCUGAACACUAACAUUUCCAUUAAAACUACCCGAGAUAUUAUUCAUGUGUUGCAGAACCACUACCCGGAGAGACUUGCCAUUGUUGUGCUCUAUAAUCCACCAAAGUUUUUUGAGGCAUUCUGGAAGGUUGUGAAGUUUUUUGUAGACCCGAAAACAUUUGAGAAGAUUAGAUUUGUGUACCCUAAUAACAAGCAGAGUGCAGAGGUGAUGAAGUCCUUCUUUGAUGCUGAAAAUCUACCAAGUGAGUUUGGGGGGAAAGCGUCAUUGAAAUAUGACCACGAGGAGUUUUCGAGGCUGAUGGCUGAGGAAGAUGUUAAAACUGCCAAGUACUGGGGAUCUGAUAACAUGCCCUGCAAUGAUAUGAAUGAAAAAUCAGGCUCUGAGUUAACUCCUGUGGUUUGACAAUUAAAAUCCUAGCAAGCUGAAUCAUUAAAAUUUAACCAGCUUCAUUGUAUUUUAAACUUGAGCAUGCCUGUAUGUUUACAUCCUGCAAAAUUGCGAGGCCUGAUGGCUAAAAGCUUCAGAUUUCUCAUUUGUAACCGAAACACUUUUUCUUAAACUGGUCUGAUUUCAGUGCCUG